AAAAGGAAAAAUGGCGGGCACCGUGGCAGUGAUUGAGCAAUCGGUGAAGAAGGUGAGAGACGAGUGGGAGAUAUGCUUCGCUCGCUUCAUCCCCUAUCCCUCUCUCCCUUCCUCUUCCGAUCUCAUUCCUCUCCCUCCUCGCCUCCGCAACCUCCCUCCCCGCGGCACCUGGAUCUCCUCCUCCUCCGUCGCCUUCCUCCGCCUCUCCUCUCACCUCUCCAACCUGCUCCUCACUAUCUCCUUCAACGCCGCUCUCCUCGAAGAGCACUACGUCUCCAAGCUGCAUUUUACGUGGCCUCAGGUGUCGUGCGUUUCUGGAUACCCUGCCAGGGGCAUCAGAACCGUCCUAGUUAGCUACAGAGAUCCCCUAGGCGAGAUUCAAAAGUUUGCUAUGCGGUUUCCAUCAAUCUAUGAAGCAGAGUCAUUUAUCGGUGUUUUAAAGGAGAUUCUGAAAGGUGACAAGGAUCCAGAACCUUUGAGUACCGACUUUGGUUCUGAAAUUUCAUCGCAGUCAGAGUUUAUGUCAACAAACGAACACUCCUAUAGUAGAGGUUGUGAAGAACUGAGCUUCAUGACUCCGGCUGACAAUUACAUUCCACAAUUGCCAAUAUUUGUGAAUAAUGAGGUGGGGCAACCUUCAGGAGCCGAAGUAAAGGGAACCACACCCAGUCACAACUUUGAAGGCGUGCUCCCAGCCUUGCCACCCAGUUUUACCUCACUACUAAUGGAUUGCUCUCAGAACAACCUGGCUCAACCAACCGUUUCGGAGGAAAUUGAGCUCAAAUCCCAAAUUGUGAGGUAUAUGGAAGAUUCUUCCUUCCAAGAUAUGUUGAUUAAGGUGGAGAAAGUUAUCAGCGAAUUGGGGGGUGAUAUGUCCCUUUAGUUUACCAGCCCAGGGAAUUGAAAAUGACUAACGAGCAGCGUAGCAUCUCUCCAUGCUUACUGCACCUGAACCAUGAAGACCUCUCCACACAUUGCCCAACAAAUGUACAGCGGACUUCUUUCUUUACAGUUAGGCCAAAUUUUGUCUUGGUAUCUUUUGUUGUUCAACAAACAGCAAGGUCAGAUGAAAGGUAAGGCAUGAUAAAUCAGUGUUUAGCUAGUGAAACCGUAUCAAGUGGUUUCUGUUUAAGAAACCUUAGUUAAAAUAAUGAUCUCAGAGUAAUUGUAAUCUGGUAUAGUACAAAUAUAUUAACAAUAUGCUUCUCUCCAUUAUGGCACCAUAUGAUAUUGAAUCUGGCAAAAUCCAGUCAUUACACCCCUGUUUUGAAUUAUGGGCCAAAUUCAUUUAGAAAUUCACCAGUACAAAAUUUUCAAGUUAU